CACAGUCACUGGUUCACACACUUUCUCAAUCACUCUCAUCCGCGCACACACACGUCCUCGUAUGGAAUCAGAGGUGCCUUGCUAAAGAGACUCUUAUACAGACGCUUGUGGGAGUAAAAAUACUUUCAUCAGUCUGCGCUCUGAACAAAAUUCUGGAAAAUUGGGUUAAAGCUGAGCACGGGAACACAGGACCUAAAGGCACCUGGGGAUGUUCUUUAGACGGGACCUUCAUGGUAAAACCAGCAUCUGGAGUUAAUCGAUACCCAGGAGCGUCUGUACCGGACAGAUGCCUGCAACAUUCAUCCUGAGCAUUUCUUUCUCUCCCUCAUCUUUUCAUUAUUGCCUCCCUGCUCUCCUCUCAGCUGGUGUGAAGGACACAGAUCUAAGUCCUCCUCAGCGCGCUCUCAGUGCCUGGAUGUCUUACAGGAGGGAGGUUUGAUGCUCCCCUGCUUGGUCUCUCUACUUGCUCUCGCUCGUUCAUGAAUGUCACCUCUAUCCGUGGAAGCCGCUGGAAUUUACAAACAUAGGAGCUGACGGAGAAGAGCAAAGGGGAAUGUCAAGAGGGCUGAGGAGGAAGAUAACUUUCCAGAUUCAUCUGUCAACUCAUCUGCUGACCCAGACAUGAGGUCCAGGGUCAAACGCAUCAGUUUUUGACUUGUACUCAUUGUGUCUUUCUUUCUUCGCAUUUGUGGUCACAGUCUGAUGGAUGCGAUACUUGAAACCAGGUAAUGGAUUUUCUGAGUUCAAGUACGAUUGUCUCAGGAUAUCAGUGUUUAUGUCCAUAGGAUCUGUUUUUUUUUAUGGUCUUCUGUCACUUCUGAGGAUGUAACGAUUGGAUGUUUUUCUGAACUUGCAUGAUAUUUGAGGAUCGGCAGUUGAUCCAAAACUAAAACUGAAAGGAAGUGAGGCACGAGAGUUUGUGCCUGACAGGGUGGAACACAAUCGCAGGAACGAGUGAUAUAGACAGACCGACGGAGAGAGUAUGGUGGCACGGUGUCUAUUUCAAUUAUCUGUCAAAAUACAACUACAGCUACAUGGAUCAUGUACCGCCACUUUCCAACUGUGCAACACUAAACAAGUCUCACCAAGGAGAUCUUUUAUUGACCGAAAUUACAAUAUCAGGAAUUCUGCAUGCCAGGACUAGUUUGAUAGCCAAAAAAGAAAAUAAAGUUAAUUUUGAACUUCGCUAGGGUUAUGCCCCACCCCCUUUUUCCUGAACCUAACCCCUUUGGUUGCCUAUUUAGUUGUGACACGUUCUCCCAUUCGGUAUUGUGGGAGAGUCUGCUUCACUCUAAACGUCUGCCCUAGUCUGGUCCUCUUCUCUGUGGCCCUGGGUGAUCGAACAGGUGGGCGGCCCACUGACGCCCUCUGCGCCCCACGGGUGAGCGGGGAACGGCAAAAUGGCUGCCCUCGCCAGCUCGCUGAUCCGGCAGCGAAGGGAAGUCAAGGACCCCCAGGCCAACCGCCAGAUCACCAACAAACGAAAACCUUGCCCCAAGAGCAACAAGUCACUCUGCCAGAAACAGAUCCUAAUACUUAUCUCCAAAGUCCGGCUUUGUGGCACCCGAGGGAGAAAGUUAGAGAAAAGACCCGAACCUCAGCUAAAAGGCAUCGUCACUCGUCUGUUUUGUCGUCAUGGCUUCUACCUGCAGAUGUUACCCAAUGGCACCCUGGACGGCACAAAGGACGAAAGCAGCUCCUUCUUGUUGUUCAACUUGAUUCCUGUGGGUCUGAGAAUAGUUGCCAUCCAGAGCACCAAGACAGGCCUCUACAUCGGCAUGAACAGCGAAGGCUACCUCUACACAUCAGAACAUUUUACACCCGAGUGUAAGUUUAAGGAGUGUGUGUUUGAGAACUAUUAUGUGACAUACUCAUCGAUCUUGUAUCGUCAGACACAGUCGGGUCGGGCUUGGUAUAUUGGAAUUAACCGAGAUGGAGAGGUCAUGAAAGGAAACCGGGUCAAAAAGACGAAAGGUGCAGCCCACUUUCUGCCCAAGCUCAUAGAGGUUGCCAUGUACAGGGAGCCAUCGCUACAUGAAAUUGGUGAACAAAGUCCACCUAGGAAAACAGCCAAAACGUCAGACUCGCCUGUCCAUAAAAAUGGCAAGAAAGACCCUGUGCUACCUGCCCCUGCAGCAUCCUAGCGACAGGAGACGGAAAGCAAUGUGUGUUGACCUUUCACUGAUCCUCAAAACUAUUUUCCUACACUGCAUCAGGGCUUGAAAAGACCCUUGUCGACAGGUCUAAAGCCCAUUGCAUUCCUUGGUCUCUCCCACUUUCCUAAUCCAGUGGAAUACCGAGCAAUAAUAACGGGAAUGGUCUGGAUUCAGAGUGUUUCUCAAGCACACUCCACUUUGGAGUGGCCAUGCCACUUUCAUAAGAACACCUACACUUGAAAGAAGGGAUCUUCGUCUUCCUUAUUCUUUUCUAUUUACUUAACAAGAAACACUGUCAAGCAAAUUCUUAAUUCAAUUUAAACUCCCCUUAUUUGUUCAGGCGUCCCCCAUAUCUGUUUAACUGAAGUACCUCUGAAAUGUUUUGUCAUGACUAGGACGGGUUUAUAAUCUCCUAACCCAUAUUUACCUCGACUGCACUUUGAUUAGCUUGAGACAUCAAAGCCAUUUUCCACAUCAUAACACAGGAGCCCUGCAUACUCUCUCGGGAACUAUUAGGAAUGCUGGCACAUACAUACAUACAUAAUAUCUAAAUAAAUAAAACUUCCCCUCCUCUUAAGAUGAUAAUGUUGAGAGCCUUUCGACCUUAGGCAGUGAAACCCUUUUUCUUUGCUCAUCAUCUUUAUGCUGAUGAGUCUGUGUAGGGGAGAAAUGCGUGUGUGCGUUUAACAGCAAUACGAUAUCAUUUGUAAGAUGACUUAUAACAGAGGGAGUAGGGCUGCAUUAUUGUUUCUUUUUGUUUUGAUAAGUUGUUGUUUCGCUCAUUGCAAUAGCAAUAUUGUUACAGCUGUACUUUUCUCCCCUCUUUUUAGUAUGCGUGUUAUUUCGGAGCAGGGCAGAAUUGAUGCAGUGUGCUGACUACUGGGGCUGCAAGUUUUCCAAAGUUCAUGUCCCUAUAUUCAAUUCCAUUCUAUUAGAUUUGCCUGAGAGCAGGGCAAAUGAAACAAAACAAAUGGCAAAAAUGUCCAAUUCUUGUUCGUUUCUCUCUGGUAAAACUGGAAGAGCUUUCAGAAAAGAAACUUUGGAAGUGACCUCUUUUUUGUUUUUGUAGACUUUGCACAAGGACCUAAUGAAAAAUUAUACUUGUAGAUUUACUGUAAUCAUUUUUAAGCUUCACAAAGAUUUGCUAUAGAAAAUAUAGAUGUAUACAGUCUUGUUAAAUGUGAUUUUGGAGAUAACGUAUUAUCCCAAUUUGUUACGUGUCCUUCUGGAAUACUUGAUUCUGAUUGAUUAAUCACACAAAUGAUCUGUCUGGUAUCUCAAAUGGCUCCCACUCUCUCAUUUUAAUUGCCGUCAUCUUGCCUCUCUGUUAUUGAUUUUAUUGGAAAACACCAUGGAGGACUUUAGUAUUAAUCUUGCUGUAAAGUUGUCGCUGUGAUCAGUUUGCUGUUAAGUAGAUUGUUUUGUGUUUUGCAAUGGAUUAUUUUUCUUGGCAGAAGCUUUGGGAUUAUAAGAAAAAGUCUGAUUACGAAACAAAUUCAACAUUAAUCCAAUCAUUAUUUCAUGUAAAAAUAUUUAUAUGCUGAGUAGGCAUGUAUUAUGUGAAAUAAUGUAUAGUCAGUCUUUAAAAUAAAUCCAACAGGGUGAUGAGGAACCUUUUUUUUGCUAUGCAAAGCAAAGACCAUUAUAAAAACAUGCUGAUUGAUUUGCCUUUAAAGAGGACCUAUUAUCUACAAAAUCUUGAUUUAGUUUUCUGGUUGUAGAAUAAUAUAAUAGUACAUCAAAAAACACUCACAUAUAUUUCAUUACUGCAACACCUCUCAUCCCAGACUGUCUGUAACACUUCCAACCUUUAUGAAACCCUUCCUUCUGAUACAGAAGUUAAAGCCGGAGCAAGAACCAGGUUUGCUAAGUUUUGUUUGUCUGAUUAUUCUGACUUGUUGUUUCCGGACGGUUUCGGUGCAUGAUAUACGUCACGACCACAUGUUAGCGAUUGGCUUUGGCAGAUCCUGAGUGACUCUGGGCAGAUCCAAUAGUUUUAAACUUCAACAAUGGACCCUCCUUAACAGAAGUAACGCUUUGCAAUGGAGCGUGGCCAGACUCUCUGUACAAAUGAAAUGAAUGUACGAGAGUCUGGUUGGACCAGGCUAGCUAGUGUGUUAAAGCUGUAUUAAACCUCAUGUAUAACACCGAAUAUUCAUUGAAAGUCCUCUAAGGGGCCAAUCACACCAAAUGCAUUUGAAACGCUGGGAAGCCGCACUGCCUUUUUUGUCACUUUUAAAAAGAGCAGUACGGCGCGACUUUUAAUAUUACUAGGCAACCACUGAAUCAGCUGUCUUGUCAAUCAAAUAUUGAAGCGUGAGCGCUCUUUUGCUGUUAACUGUCAUAUAAGCAUAAACUUUAAAAAGAGGAUGUUUGCUCUGACCUUGAUCGAGAGUGAGAGGUGUACACAGAAAAGAGUGAUGAGUGAGUGUAGUCAUUUGUUGCAAACAACUGUAAACUUCCGUCACCACAACGGAAGGCCCGAUUUUCCCCUCAUUUGAUUGGACAAUGAAAAAACCCGAAUGAUGUCAGACGUUUCACUCUCAGCGAUCCAUCAAAACGUGAACUGCGCAUGAACAAAACGUGUUUGGAGC